AAAUCAAAUCGAAUCGAUUCGAUUCGAUUCAUUUGCCUAUUACAGGCUUGCUGGCUUUAUUUAGAUCCAACCAUGACAAUCGCACAAAUAAUAAUCUAUUCUACUCCUGGAAACGAUAAUAGUAGAAGCUACCCUCCAUCCAAGCCCAAGGUGACCUAAUCUAAGAGAACUAUACCAUAUUAUACAACAAUGAACCACCUCCUCCGCCGUGCUCUUGUUCAGCCCCCGCGUUGUGUUCGCUCUUUCCAUGCUUCCUCGCUUUCAAAUCAAGCUCUGCCGGACAGACACGGGACCACCAUUGUUUGCGUUCGCAAAGAUGGCAAGGUCUGCAUGAUGGGUGAUGGAAUGGUCUCACAAGGAAAUAUGAUUGUCAAAUCCAACACCAACAAAAUUCGUGUCCUCAAGGAUGGAACACUCGUUGGAUUUGCAGGGUCCACUGCUGAUGCAUUUACCUUGUUGGAACGGCUGGAAGGAAAACUCGAUGAAUAUCCCGGGCAAUUAACUCGAAGCUGUGUCGAAUUGGCCAAGGGGUGGAGAACCGACAAAUACUUGAGACGUCUAGAAGCAUCGCUGGUAGUUGCCGAUGCCAAUGUGUCCUUGGAAGUCACUGGAAAUGGAGACGUGUUGGAAAGUUCCGAUGGUAUUCUGGGAGUGGGCAGUGGGAGUCCCUUUGCUAUUGCUGCCGCGAGAGCAUUGAUCGAUGUGACAGAAUUAUCUGCGGAAGAUAUUGCCAAGAAGGCUAUGGCGGUGGCUUCUGAGAUGUGUGUGUACACAAACAGCAACUUUCGAAGUGAAACUCUCCCAAAAGAGGAUGAAGCAAAGACAGAAUAGCAAGAUAGAAGAACUUCUGGAGUGAAUAGCUUUCUUGCAAUUAGUUCCAAGGAGAUCACAGAUUGGAUUCUACAAACUAAAAUCUUGUUCUUUGAAACUUUUUAACAACCCAAUACUGAUAUAUUGAUUCGGACUUGUGAAGCAAUGGUUUGUUUAUCCACACAACUUGGUAGAUACUAGUACUAGCUAGUAGACAAUCUUCCAACGUUUU